AUGGGAACUCCGAAUCUGCUUUGUAAAUGUGGAUUCACAGAAGACAACGUGUCGCGAAGAACAAAACGUCAAGAAGUUGGCGAGUGUGUCUCCAGGGCUGCCCAGGCUCGUGGAGGUGAUGACAGCACAGCAGCCCAAAUGAGCUCCUGCUGCUGGACGGCCUGGAGGCAAAGCAGCAGCAGCAGCAGAAGAGCACGGCUGUGUGUCUGCUCCAAUUGGGGCAGGGAGAAGCAGCUGCAGCAGCCCGGCCGAGCGGUGCAGCGAGCCGACGAUGACACAAACCGCUCCAUUUCCUCCAUCGAAGACGACUUCCAGACUGCCUCCGAGCACCUGGGGGACGACAGCGAGGAUGAUGGCUUCAGGAACGAGUCCAGUGACUUGGCAGAGACUAUGGCAGACGGAGCACUGAAGCCAUGCACUCGACGCUGUCAAAGAGGACUUCCACCUCAGCAUCCAGCCAGCGAGGCCAAGACGGAGCGAGCUCGCCUUCAUACUGAAGAAUCAGCCGGUCACUACGCAACCAAUCUGGCAGAGUCGGUUCUGCAAGAUGCCUUUAUCCGUCUGUCCCAAGACGAAUCCUCUUUCGUCUCAGAGGCAGCCGUCUGCGUGUCGCGGUCAAGUCCCGUAGCAGGUGCUGUGGCCGCAGUUGAACUGACGGAGGACUCAGUGGAGGGAGUGGACUCGGAUCUGGACUCUACUGAUGUCUACACACCGUCAAGGGGGCUCAUGUCCGCAGCUGAAGCCACGGCCGCCUUUGCGCUUCACUGCAGCGUCGCGGAGGGCACUAGUGUGGAAGCGUUUCGUGCAAACAUCGCCGAGGUGUUGCACAGAGAGGCCGCUGAAGUUUUGACGCAACCUCAGGGUUACAAAAGCGUUGCUCAUUUGCUGGAGACGACUCAAUAUAAAAUUGUCGAUGGAAUCACGUCUCCAAAGAAAUCAUGCACUGAUGAUAGAGAGGUGGACGAUAUGAUCAAUGAGGUGGCCGACAGCCUUUUUAAACACGCUCUCGAGAAGGCAAGGAAGAAAAGAGAAUUGGAAGGAGGUGGUAAAGAGGAGAGGCAUUUAUCGGAGGACAGACAUCACACAGCUCAGAGAGAACAGGCGAUGCUGAGACAAAAUCUGUCCAAGUGUGUGUCAUUGCCCGCCAAGGAAUUCUCAGAGCACCAUUUCAGCCAGGCAGGUCCCAACAGGGAUCCUCUGAGUGAGAUUCCGGUUCACUGCGCAGAGAGGAGGGGGCGACUGGGCACGAGCAGUGACAGCAGGCAGUCAUCCCUAACUCCCCAAUCGUCCCUCAACUCGUGCAGCUCGCUCAAAAUGGAUACAGAAUCCAAGACGCCAAUUACAUGCUACGCCGAAGAUCUGGCAUCAACCGUGGUGUCGAUGGCUACGGAACUGGCUGCAAUAUGUUUAGAGAAUUCUACAGGGAAGCAGCCAUGGUUUUGUGCACUGAAAGGGGCAACAACAGAUGGGACUGAGGCCUAUCUGAUCCCAGCUUGUCGUACAGUUCUCCGGCGGAAAGACGUUCCAGGAAGCAAUGUCGCUUGUAAGAAACACAGAGCGCCACGUCUGAGUGAGAUCAAAAGGAAAACGGAGGAGCAGCCAGAGCUAAUGGAGCGGCUGGUGAACCGGGUGGUGGAUGAGACGGUAAACCCGGAUGAAGGCCAGGAUCCAUUUGCUCUGUUUGCUUCAGAAGUCACAGCGCGCAUAAUGAAUUGCCCAGAACUCAACGUUGUGGACACAUCCAAACCAGGGCAACCACGCAGCCGAUUGCAGUGUGAGAGGUGGAGCCGGGGGAAGGCGGCAAGCUACGAGAGUAUUCCCGAAGAGGACAGUGACCCUUCGGGGACCGCCAACAAGCUAGGCCUCGGAAGUCGCUUGGGUCAGAAUCUCAGCAGAGGAAGUUCUAUCUCUAAACAAUCGAGCUGUGAAAGCAUUACAGAUGAGUUCUCAAGAUUCAUGGUCAACCAAAUGGAAACCGAGGGCAGGGAGUUUGACCUCCUGCUUGACUACUACGCAGGAAAAAAUGCCAGCAGUAUUCUAGCAGCCGCAGUGCAACAAGCGGCUACUAAGAAAAAUGGUCAUCUUAACGUCAGGGCCUCCUCUUGCCUUUCUAAGCAGUCCAGCACUGAAAGCAUCACAGAGGAGUUCUAUAGGUUCAUGCUGUGUGACAUGGACAAGGAAAACACAGAGUAUGGCAUUGCAAAAACAAAAGAAUGGAGUAAUAGCCUGUUCCCCCCUUCUCCCCGAACGCCCUUCUGUAUCAGACAGUCCUCAGUGCCCGACCGGCGCUCCUCGGACUCACGUCUCACAGUCAACUCGCCCAUCAAAGCAAACUCCUUUGAUGGAUUUGCCCGAAAUGUGCACGGGGACACUUUGAACAUAUAUCCCAGCAACUCGGUGUCCGCCGCGGGGCUUUGUAAGUCAGACUCCUGCCUUUAUCAGAGAGGCGGAAUGGAUCAGAUCACAGAUUUGCUGAUUCAUGAAACUUGGUCCAGCUCCAUUGAGUCGCUAAUGAGAAAGAACAAGAUCAUUGCGGAUCCCGAGGACAGUAUUGAGCUGGAGGCUGGUUCAGCAGACUCUCAACCCCAUGUGCAGCAGUUUGCCAAUCGCCUGGCAGCUGACAUUGUAGAUAUCGGGAAAAGUGCAGUCGGAGGGCAGCAGGACACUAGCUCACUGCCAUCGCACAUGCCCGUAGGGGAGAGGAGGAGGGGGUUCAAGCAGUCACAUGUCAGCUGUAGCCGCACCAAAUCCAGCCAGGAGCAAGCUGGAAACGCAUUAGGUUCAAAUGACACUUCGCCGCGAGUCAGAGGCCCCAGAGAUGUGCCCUUGAUACACAUAGAGGGAGAUCAGAAGGUGGAGGAGAGGUUACCCCAGUCCGAGCGCACAGGGGCCAGUCCCAAAGAGCCCCCACUGGAGUCUUCUGCUCUCAAAAGGACAGAGAGGACGAACAGCAACAGCAGUGACAGGGACAGGGCGGCUGUGGGGAGGCGGGAGAAGCGGUCUCUGAGUGCUAGCAGUGAGGAGAGCAUGGGCAGCUGGUCUCACAUGAGCCCCGAGGACGACCCGCCCGAGGACAGCAGUAGCUUUCUCCAGCUGAGUGAGGGGAACGGCACGAGCAGCGCCUCCAGUCUGGGCCUGACAGACUUGGACACAUUUUCCGACGUUCCCACUCAAAGCACGGUGAUCAGGGAGGAGAAGAGCCGAGUGGCAGUGAUGAGGGGGACUGGCCCUGGGGCCAGUGCGGUGAGGCCAGCAGGGGGCAGCAGUAGCAGCCCCAGAGAGCUGCAGGUGCUGAACUGUGACGUGGACUCGGACUGUGGGGACUGGGAGCUGCGUGUGGCUCUGCAGUGGAUCGCUGCAUCUGAACUGGGACUGUCUGCCCUGUACUUCAGGAGGGCCAAAGACAGACGGGACGCCAAGUUCCAGAGAGUGCUGCUGCUGCUGACCCAGAAGGCGUGGCGAGUGGGAGACCUGUUUCGAGUCGUGCUUCAGUUCUGUGAGACGUAUGAGACUGAGGAUCAGGAGGAGCAGGAGGGGCAGAAGGAGCGGGGCUCCGGGCUCUUCGACUGGCUCCUGGACACUUUGUAG